AUGGCGCCACUGAAAUCGAAAACUGAGAUACCAAACCCGCGCCGUAUUCUAGCGGUGUCCCUCACCAACAGUGCGCAGCACCUGAGCAAUGUCAUCAAAGAUAUAACCGGCACCCACCCCACGCCUUCAACCCCCUCUCCCGACGACGACACCAACAACACGCCCAGCACCACCACAACCACAACCACCCCCAAAGACCCCCCACCCCCUCAACCCACCCUAGCAGGAACAACCCACACCCUCCCCCUCACAACGCCCUACUACACCGCUUCCAUACCCAUCUGGCUCGAUCUGAUCGCCACACCAGCCGAAUGGUCCGCUUCUUUCCUCUCGCCUGAGGCGCGCGAGGUGUUGGGUGUGUUGGGGGGGGUUGUUGUUGUUUUUGCGUUGCCUUCUUCUCCUUCUGCUCUUACUGGUCUUUCUGCUGGGCGGGAUACGGUGGGUGGUGAGGGUGGUGGUGGUGACGAUGGGGAUGAUGGAAGGGAAGCAGCGCGGGAGUUGGUGAGGCAUGUGGGCAAGGUUGUAAGGGAAGGCUUGGGAGGAUGGGAGUGGGUUGGGGUUGGGUUGGUGGUUGGUGUUGGGGCAAUUGCUGGUGGAGGGGAAGCUGGGGAAGAUGGGACUGGAGAAGAGUUGGAUGAGUGGGAGGAUUUGUGUGCUGAGUCGGGGUUGGAGUUUGUUCAUUUGCCCAAGGCGGGUGUGGCGAGUGGGAAGGGGAAAGGGGCUGCGGAAGAAGAGGGGAAGAAGAGGAAUGAGUUUGGGGAGAGGGUCGGGGUUGCGAGGGUGUUGGAGGCGUUGGAGGCCAAUGAUUGGGCUGGUGGGGGGAUGGAUGAGUUUAAGGAGGGUGAUGAAGAGGGUGAGGAGGGGAAGAGAGAGUUGGGUGAUGGGGAGGUGGAGGAUGAUGAUGAGUUUGACCCGGAGAAACUGGAUUUCGGCUUUGAUCGGGGGGAUUUUGCCGGGCUGAAAAAAGCGAUCUGGUCUGGCGGUGGGGAUGGUGAGGAUGAUGACGAGGAGGAAGUAGGUGAAAAGGAGGUCCAGAAGUUAGAGCAGAUGAUGAUGAAACUGCAGGCUGUGAGGGACGCGAGUGCCGGCUUGCCGGAGGACCAGCGGAGGAGGAUGGCUGCCCGGGCAGUGGGGGAAGUCAUGAAGGAGUUGUGA